AUGAAUAGUUCUUUUUUCGUGUCAACCCCGCGGAAGUCCAAAACAUUUAGACCUUCAACGAUCCCACAAAAUUUUUAUACAGCAACACUGAAACACAUGGUUUGUUUAGACACUGUUGCAUAUGACGCGCUUCGUUCACAACUUCAAUAUUUUCAACAUUAUAUAACCCGAGAUGACAUAAGCUCGAGAUUCCUUGAAGAAUCCGAAAAAAUGGCAGAAAUAAGCUGGAGACAAUUUGAAGUGUUGGUGGUGGUACGAACCUGCAAAGAAGACUUAUUAUAUCAGUUAGCAUUUUCUGUUGCAAGUCCAGGUGUCAAGAACAAUCUCUUGACCGAAGAUCCAUAUAUAGAUAUAACAAAAUUCUCGCCAUUCACUCGAGCACCAGUUAAUGACAUAGUGAAGCGAUGCAACCUGGCUAUCUUCUCUCAUUUCAUGUUCGACCCGCAUAAUCCGGAAUUGGAAAAUUUGGAAGCGGCAGAUAAUGCAUUUUAUUAUUUUAUAAUUCCAACAGAAAUUUGUCAAAAUGAUUCGAGUUUAUUUUGGAGACUAAGUUUAGAUUUAAAAACUCAGUUAUAUAUCCAAGCCAUAAAGAACAGUACUAGAGAAUAUGCUCUCGAUCAACUUUUUCCACGGAUUGCUGAGCAACCACCUGAAUUCAUCGAAGAGUAUGUCCAACGUAGAGAACAAUUGAAAAACAACGAUACUAGGUUAUCAGAAAUAUUCCCUUGGACGAAAUUUAUAAAAGAAAUGUAUCACCUGAUAGUUUCCAUAUCAGAAAGUAUUCCUCCGCCCUUGGUUUCCGAGAAUACAAAGAGCAUAUUAACGACCACACCGGAUCGAUCCAUGUCUGAAAAUCAACAAAGCACCAUGAAUUCGGAACCAAAUUUAACGCCGCCUGUAGGCAGGUUUAACGUUGGUAGAACUGUGCAUAUUCCAAGGAAUGCUAAAUAUUUUGGUGCGUGGAACAAGUAUGAAAACGCCAGCGAGCGAGAUCUGACUGCUGCGAUGGAUCACCUGGGACUUCGCCCAAUGUCAGAUCAAGAAAAUAAUUCGAAUGACCAAGUCAAUAGGGAUCCCAUGGUUUCUGAUCCCAUGGACAUUUCUACGUCGGUACCCGUAGUGUCAUCAUCAUCUAUCAUAAUUGAUGAGGAACCAGAGGAAAUUGAUGUCAUCAGUAUUCCUAGAAAGAAUAUUACACCUGGUCGUACUUCGACGACUCCUAAAGAAAAUUUUAUGACACCGACUGUAUUAAUUACUGAACCCCCACCACAAGAAGAUUCGACGAGCGAUGAAUCCGAAAAUACACCAACACGUGAUAAACGUCCUGCAAAAAAGCCAAGAAAAAAAUCAGAGUGGAAAGAAAGUGAAUUAAACGCGUUGAUUGCCGGUAUGAAGGAAUUUAAUACAAGUUGGUCCCAAAUAAAACAUAAAUACAAAGGUGCUCUUAGUCGACGUGACCCAAUGCACCUGAAGGACAAGGCACGUACCGAAUGUGAAAGAAGAAUUAAAAUGAAAAUACCUCUGGGUGUUUUUGAGAUUGUGAA